UAAUACCAGUCCCGUCCGCCUUUCCGUGUCCUGGAUUGGAAGUGUUCCCUCUGACGCACUUAAAGCCUGGAGCAUAUAUAUCAUUUUGGAUCCUGGAUACCUUGUGCUUCCUACUGUUUUUGUGCACUACUUUAAGGAGCCGGUGUUCCCUUCCUUGGCUGUCAUUCUCAGCCUCAAGUUUCUGGUGGAGUUGUCAGUAAAACCAACAGUAACAGCGAAUCUCUAGUGUAGUUUUCUGCCUAUAACUAGUAACUCAGUUGGAGCUUUUUGCUUUUUCCUGAACAUUUCUUCUGUGUAGUGUUGAAUCUUACUGGGGUGGAAGCCUAGGCCAAACCAAGCUCCAGCUUCAUCAUCAGAGCCAGCAUACCUAUCUGCGUAGACUGGAAGUCAGCCAAGGAUUUUUUGGUGCUACCCAGUUCCUUUGGACAGGACAGCCAGUUCACACAAGGCAAAGGCUUAGGCACUUUUUUGUACUAUCUCUAUCUGAAGAUUCCCCCCCAUUGCUAUGUAUGGUGUAUAUUGUAUGGAUUAUCAAUAUCCUGUUGUCCAGGGUAACCAGGAGCCAACAACAACUCCUGACGCAAUGGUUCAGCCUUUUACUACCAUCCCGUUUCCACCUCCUCCACAGAACGGAAUUCCCACAGAAUACGGAGUGCCACACACUCAGGACUAUGCCGGCCAGACCAGUGAACACAACCUGACACUCUACGGAAGUACGCAGGCCCACGGGGAGCAGAGUAGCAACUCACCCAGCGCACAAAAUGGAUCUCUGACGCAGACAGAAGGGGGAGCACAGACAGACGGCCAGCAGUCACAGACACAAAGUAGUGAAAAUUCAGAGAGUAAAUCUACCCCUAAACGGCUGCAUGUCUCUAAUAUUCCUUUCCGCUUCCGGGACCCCGACCUCCGGCAGAUGUUUGGGCAGUUUGGCAAAAUCCUAGAUGUAGAAAUAAUCUUUAAUGAACGCGGCUCUAAGGGAUUCGGGUUCGUAACUUUCGAGAAUAGUGCUGAUGCAGACAGGGCCAGGGAGAAAUUACACGGCACCGUGGUAGAGGGCCGUAAAAUCGAGGUGAAUAAUGCUACAGCACGUGUAAUGACCAAUAAGAAGAUGGUCACACCAUAUGCAAAUGGUUGGAAAUUAAGCCCCGUGGUUGGAGCUGUAUAUGGCCCCGAGUUAUAUGCAGCAUCCAGCUUUCAAGCAGAUGUGUCCCUGGGCAAUGAAGCGGCAGUGCCCCUGUCAGGAAGAGGGGGCAUUAACACUUACAUUCCUUUAAUCAGUCUCCCUUUAGUUCCUGGAUUCCCUUACCCAACUGCAGCCACCACGGCGGCCGCUUUCAGAGGAGCCCAUCUGAGGGGCAGGGGGCGGACGGUUUAUGGUGCAGUCCGAGCGGUACCUCCAACAGCCAUUCCCGCCUAUCCAGGUGUGGUUUACCAGGACGGAUUUUACGGUGCUGACCUCUAUAUAGAAUCUGCAAACUGCUUCAGAUCAAACAGGGCGGAUAUGCAGCCUACAGAUAUGCACAGCCUGCUACUGCAACCGCAGCCACGGCUGCUGCAGCCGCCGCCGCCGCUUACAGCGACGGUUAUGGCAGGGUGUACACAGCUGACCCCUACCAUGCCCUUGCCCCUGCCGCUAGCUAUGGAGUUGGCGCUGUGGCGAGUUUAUACCGAGGUGGCUACAGCCGAUUUGCCCCCUACUGAAGUGACGUGAGACCCCUGCAAAUGGGACAGCCCCCAGUUCAUGAGGCCUGGCUAUUGCAAUAUUUACUAGUAGAGGAACUCUAUAGCAAGAUGAAGAGGAAAAACAAACAAAACAAAACAAAAAACACAAAAAAAGAGAGAAUACUUUUUUAUACCUCACUAUGUUCUUUGAAUAUGUAUUUUCCUUUAAAUUUCUGCCUUUAAUUCUUUUGUUCCAAAGAUUGUGCAUUUUUUUCUUUUUUUUUUCCUUCUUUUUUUUUUAACUGUGGUAAAAAAAAAAAAAAUGCAUUUCCAUGUCUGUAUGUCCGUGCUUAGCUUAUUCUGUCAGUCACGGAAGAGGCAGUUAAUGAGAGAGGAGAGACAUUAGGAGCUGAGAAAUACGUCUGAUCAGAAAUCAGCAGACAGAAUUACCAAAGUGUAUCUGGUGCUGAACGCUGGGUGACAAGCAGGAGCGGAAGAGACCUUUCUGCAGCAGAUACCCUUCUAGUCCUCUGAGUGUCUGGUCUUUGGCAGGCAGUUCUGAUUGGCUGUGGCUGGAAUCCACAUGCUGAUAGAUGAUAGGAAUUUGUGCUUGCAGAACAGGAGAAUUUAAGACACUUUCCUUUCCUCUUCCCUACUGUCUUCUCCAUUCUUUUUACAAUCAUCUUAUAUGCACAGCCUGAGACAGUUGGCAUAGUUUUUGGAAUUAUGGUAUUAAUAUUUCCAAACAUGCUCUCAGAUUGUGGAUAAUAAACACCUCAUUAGGAAACCAAUCUCAGAAUGAACUCUGGAGAAUGAAAAAGAUUCUUUUCUUUCUUGCCAUCCUGGCAUUCCUGCCGGGCUGCUUCCCUUUUAAUUGAACCACAGCUUAGCUCAUCUAUCAUUUGUUAACACCCUGCCCCCAUGUCCUCAAGAUUCAAGAAUUUAGGGCCCAGGGACAGAAGAAUAAAUAAAGAGCUAGUGGCCAUAUUUCUUACUGGAAGGGCUAGAGGGUGAAAUACUGAUUGUCAAGAGCCCGUACUGAGGGCGAAGAGAGGAGAAGGGGUUUUCGAUGGUGUCUGCAAGCACUCUGACCUCCUGAUCUUCAUCAGAAAAGCAGUACAGAGCAGAAGAGAGAGUAAAGGCUCUUGGCAAGAGACGGAGCACCGAGUCCUGGGUCAGCUGUCCCUGGAAGGUUUGGUGAUUAGGGCAUGUCAGGGCAGCAAAGGCACUUUGUACUAGCUCCAAAGCCAUAGGAAUUCUCAUCCAGAGCCUUUAUGAGUCACUUCUCUCCAGUCUUGAGCCCCAUGGUCAUUCCACCCAGCUUCUCAUUACCCUCCAAAGACCCCAGCUGAGCGCCUGGGCCACUUGAUUUACAUCCACACUACAGGACGGAAAACGAAGCCCGAGGCUGCCCUCCUCCCAUAUGGAAGGAGGGCUGAGGUGGCCAGGAGUUACAGGGCGGCUGUGGCAGUGAGUCACUGCUGUUGCUGCCUGGCUUCAACUUUAUAUAUAUAUUGUUAGGUAAGGGAGAAAGUGUUUCUCUUCGAGCUGUUAGCUUUUAAUGGUAAAGGCAAGGGUCCUGCAGCAUUUCCAACAUGAAGGCAUUGAAAAUGGAAAAGCAUGGCCUGUCUGGCUCUCUGGUCUACUCACAUUGGUACUAGGGUGACCUUUCACCCAAGGGAUAGCUGAUACAGGGAGGAAUUCAGAGACAUGGAGCUUCUGGCUUGUUAUGGGUUUGGUUUGGGUUUUUUUACUCCUGCCUCCACACAUGUUCUUGUCCCUGAAUUAAAAUGACUGACGUAUGACAGCAUCAAGCAUUCUUUGUAAGCAGAGCCUUUAUCUGGGAGGACCUGGCCUGUCGGGUGUAACACAUAUCUCUCCCCCUUCGGAAUUCUCUCUCCUAGCAGCUGGGAGAGGGGCUGACCCUGAAAGUCGGGGACAUCAAGGAAGCUAGAGGCCUCGAUGCAAUUCUUGUUGAUUCUGGGGAGGACUGUAGAAUAGAGGACAUCAAACUGCCCCGUCCACUGGCCGCUUUUUAAGGGUUCCCCUCCCCAAGCCAAAGUUUGGUUUGUUGCUGUUAAGACAAUUUUUGUUGUAUGUAUAUAAAUAUUUUAGUUAGAGGUGGGGGGAUGGGAAGUUCUAGGGAAUGGGGGCAGGGAGGAUUGUUUUUUCUUUCUUUUUUGCUUUUGUUUUGAGGGAGAGCUUUUACUGACUAAAGAAACAGAAAUUUUGUGUCAUGUUCAGAGCGGGGCCAUUCUCACGAAAUGGCAAGACACUCCUCAUGGAGACGGCCACAUUCUGAACGGCUGUGUCCGCAGCAGGGAGGAGAGGAGGGCAACAAAUUUGAGAGUCUCCUCCUUCUUGUCUCCUCUCCUCCAGAAAGAAGUAAGGGUGACAGGAAAGGUAGAGAAGGCAGCUUCCACACCCUUUUAAAGAGGUGGAAGCUCCGUUUGUUUCAGCUUAGCUGGCUCUGGCUGAGGACCCCAAGGGCAAGCUCCGUGUUCUGGGUGGACUUCUGCCACCCUCCCCUGGGGGUCACGCUGCUUCCUCCAGCUCCCUUUCCUGAGCAGGACAAGUUCGAGUUCUGUUUUUCACUAAAGGCCUUUGGUUUUCUGUGUCUGCACUGAGAAGUAGGGCUCUUGAAACACCUGGAUUUGAUGGGGUUGACCUUCCCACCCACUUUUGAACUUUGAGGCUCCAUCAGAGGCAGGUUCCUCAAGGCAUCAGUGCUUGUGGGUUCCUGACUUGAUCCCCCACUGGAUAAGCCACAGUCAGAAAAGAGUUUGACAUCUUGCAAGUUUGUUAGAGGGUGCUGGUUGAUAAUUCCCAAAACUUACUGAUGCUGAGUCACAGAACAGGAAUGAUCUCAUCACUUCACUGUAGCUCAUGACUCGAACUUCCUAUACAAGCAUCUUACUUUUAGAUGCCGGCCUCCUUUAGCUAAAGGAGACCUCUAGCAGAAAUCUAUCUGAAUAUGCCUCUUUCAGCCCAGAGAGCUGUCCUUAGGUCUUUUCCAGAAUCCCUUGCAUUACAUAGUUCAGCUCCUAUGGACCCGGAUCAGUCCUGGUGAUUCGUUGCUUUUAAGGCGCUCAGGUUUUACAAAACCUAUCGUCACCACCAUCCUCCAACAGUCACAGUGAGAAUUGAGCCACUUUUAUUUUUCCUUGAAAAAGAAGGGGACUGGGGCUCAACUCAGUUUAAGGGGAGCUAGUGGAGACCUAUUUCAUAGAAAUAAAUGAUAGCAGCUUUUCCUCAAAAGCGACUCCUCAGGGGCUGAACUGCUCUUAGUUUAGGUUCUACUUUCCUAGAGAUUAGCAGAUAAGUUGGUGAGUCGCCAUCACCCUAUGACUAGUCACAUAGCUUCCAGAUAGGAGGGAGGUGGGAACUCGGGAUGGAAGCAACUCCAGGAUCUGCGAGAAGGGCGUGGUGGUCCCUUCACGCUGGUGGGAGAACGAGGCCAAGCGAGGGCCGGUCUGGAGGGUACUGGACACGUAGGAAGGGAGGGGACACCACCCUCCCCUCUCACCAAGGCCAGCCGGCUGCUUCUCUACUGCUUGCAGCCCUCUAGCACAGUAACAUUUGCAGAAUUGCAGAUUUCCCCCCAGGUAAUAGGAGGAAAGGGACUUUGGGGGGUGGGGAAGGGGUCGUGGUGUUUUAAACGCAUAAGUUACCUGUUUGCACUGUUUUAAGAUAGGAAAAAAAUAGUGGGCAAGGUGAACAUCAGACGUAAAUUUGUGUGUUUUUAUUUUGUCAUGCUCUUGAAAAUGUUUGACCAUUUGUAGUGUACACCAGUGAAACUUGAUUCUCUGUUGCAGAAAACACUAUUUUUUUUGAAAUGUUACUGUCCAAAAGCCUCUUCCCUCCUCCCUUUCGCCUUUCCUCUGUACUUCAUACUUGCUUUACUGAUCAACCAGGCAAUAGCCAUCCGAGAGCGAGAGCAUGAAGCAGGCCCUCCCAGGUCGGCUCUGGGUGUCCUAGGCCAGCACUUGCCCGUGGUUAGGAGUGCGGCGGAGUCCCUGGCACCUGUCUUAAAGUGAGACUCGCAGCCCACGCUGCAGCAGGUUCUUGAAUGCCCGCAUCCCGCGAGGAGCCGAGGGGGUCCUGGAGUGUCGCAGCUGGCUGUGGUAGCCGAGUUCUCACCCACGUUACCGGCACUGUAGCCAGCUCCAGUUUACUCAGGAAAUCGGCCGAUCACUUCAGCCAUGGUAGUGCUGGUUGGCAGGAUUGGUAACUGGGAACCGCUCGUCAGCCAGCACUCAGCCUUGCCUUUAAGGAGACUGCCAGCGUGGACUCGGGCCUCUGGCGUCACGUGCGUGCCGGCGCCGCGAGGGCUCGGUUCACGCUGGCAGGCAGAAAGGGAACAUUGGUUCUCUUUUCUCUCCCCACCCCCAUCCCUGUUACUGACACCAGAUUCCCAGGGGGGGUCCACUAGUUUUUGAAUUUUUAAAAAACGUUUCUUUGGUUUGGUUUUCCCGGGGACUAAGUGCUUUAAGCAGUGUCUGUACCCACCAAGACUCCGAGCUUGGUCAUUUCCUGUACCUUUCUGUUCACAGUAUUCUUGUGUGUGUGCUUGUUUGGCAGCUCGUUCUGGCUGUAUUAUAUAUCGAGUGAUGAACUGAUCCUCUUUUUCCCUAAGGGAUAUGAAUUGUUUUUCUUGUGUUAUAAUUCUGCUUGUGAAAGCUGGAGCAAACCUGGGGCUGACACACGUAAGCUAGGGCUGCAGAGCGCUGAGAGCUGGGGGGGUCGUCGCUGUCCCAACGGGCUGACCUCCCUAGCCUCUGAGCUCUUCAGUCCACAUCUUUGCAAGGCUGAAAACGCCACAGAACCUCUUCUCCUCCCCCACCCCCGUGGCAGGGACUCAACCAUCCCCACAUGCAACAUGCGUUUCUCCGGCCCCUCCCAUUGCCAUGGCAAAACAGGUACCUUCGGGGCAGGGGGACAUCACGUGGGAUGCUUGUAUAAUUGACCACCUCGCCUUCUCUCCCACCCCCUCCCCAGAUCACUUCCUAGGACACCCGAGCUGCUUGCCCAGGGUCCUGUUUCCCUGCGACUCCAGAGAAGCACCCCAGGGCUUUGUGACAGUCUCUGAUUCCCUCCCCUUCUCGUUAAGAAUCAUAUUGUAUAGUAGCUUUCAGACCAUACAGUAUUCAUUGGGUUACUCCUAUUAUUAUCAAGUAGCUGGAAUUGUGAAGGUCGGAGUAGUUAGAUCUUUAGCUUUUAUUCCUUAUUUUUUUGUAUUACUAUCCAUGUGUAUAAAUUAUUGAUCAUGUUGCUGGCUUUUAUAAACUCUACGCGAAGGGGGAGCACCGCCUCUGCCUUUGCCAAUGGUAAUGAAGCACUGUUUUUAAAUAAAAGAGAGAAACACCA